CGUGGAGUCCGCUCUCAUUCACAGCUUUCUAGAGAAAUCUGAGACCGAACCUGCCAGAAUAGGGGAUCUCACCCACCCAGUUCAACAGCGAGGACACCUGCAGAAACACAUUCCCCAAGCAAGGCUGGGCGGCCGUGUGAAGUAAGCAAUGGACUCUGCUUUGCUUCUCUUUUGGAUGGCCACCACCAUGUAGUGUCGGAAUGUGAAAGAAGACCCUCUCUUUGCUCCAGUGGCAAUCUGGUGGUCAAAAAACUUGAAUGGGCCAAGGCACACCAUUAGGUGGAUGGGACCAGUCUCUCUUUUUCCAAAAAGUCAGAAAUUAGGCACUCGGAAAGGGGAUUUGGCCAACAUGACCCAUUUACAGGCUGGACUCAGUCCAGAGACGAUAGAGAAAGCACGCCUGGAACUGAAUGAAAACCCAGAUGUUUUACAUCAGGAUAUUCAGCAAGUCAGAGACAUGAUCAUCACCAGGCCGGAUGUGGGGUUUUUACGUACAGAUGAUGCCUUCAUCCUAAGAUUUCUCCGAGCCAGGAAGUUUCACCAAGCGGAUGCCUUUAGACUCCUGGCCCAGUACUUCCAGUACCGCCAGCUGAACCUGGACAUGUUCAAAAACUUCAAGGCGGAUGAUCCCGGCAUUAAAAGGGCUCUGAUCGAUGGAUUCCCUGGGGUGCUGGAAAACCGUGACCACUAUGGCAGGAAGAUUCUUCUUCUGUUUGCAGCCAAUUGGGAUCAGAGUAGGAACUCCUUCACAGACAUCCUCCGCGCCAUCCUGCUGUCCUUGGAAGUCCUUAUUGAAGAUCCAGAGCUUCAGAUCAAUGGCUUCAUUUUAAUUAUAGACUGGAGUAAUUUUUCCUUCAAACAAGCCUCCAAACUGACACCUUCAAUCCUUAAACUGGCCAUUGAAGGCUUGAACUCCUUCACAGACAUCCUCCGCGCCAUCCUGCUGUCCUUGGAAGUCCUUAUUGAAGAUCCAGAGCUUCAGAUCAAUGGCUUCAUUUUAAUUAUAGACUGGAGUAAUUUUUCCUUCAAACAAGCCUCCAAACUGACACCUUCAAUCCUUAAACUGGCCAUUGAAGGCUUGCAGGACAGCUUUCCUGCCCGCUUCGGAGGAGUCCAUUUUGUCAACCAGCCCUGGUACAUCCACGCCCUGUACACUCUCAUCAAGCCAUUCCUUAAAGACAAGACCAGGAAACGGAUUUUCCUGCAUGGGAAUAAUUUAAACAGCCUUCACCAGCUAAUCCAUCCUGAAUUUUUGCCCUCUGAAUUUGGAGGGACCCUUCCUCCUUAUGACAUGGGAACAUGGGCCCGGACAUUACUCGGUCCUGACUACAGUGAUGAAAAUGACUAUACUCACACUUCCUAUAAUGCCAUGCACGUGAAACACACGUCCUCCAACCUGGAGAGAGAGUGCUCACCCAAGCCGAUGAAAAGAUCUCAGUCUGUGGUAGAAGCUGGGACCCUGAAACAUGAGGAAAAGGGAGAAAAUGAGAACACUCAGCCACUCCUGGCUCUGGACUGAACCCCGAGUCGCUGAUGCCUGGGCACACCGGUCUUCAGUGGUUCCAGCCACCCAGGAAGCACAGGCGCGACUGACCCAUACAGACCUGGGUGUUUCAUUCAACAAGAGGUCCUCCAUUCCUGACCCCCAACAAUGACUGUCACCAGCCAUCGGUCUGCGUAGCCAAAGUUGGACAAAGAUUUGAGAGAUUUUUUCCCCCCCAUGAGGGGACUGGAGGAUGAAGCAAAGCAUUUGUAUAAAAAAGUUAUCCUUCCCUCCAUAUUUGAAUUGAAAAAAGAGAAAUGUAAAACUAAAUUUGAUCCACACACUGCAUUAAGACAAGGAUUUCUCUGAGGUUUGCAGGGACACUUCCUGGUUUUUGCAAAUUAAGAUGAAGUGUGUUUCCAAGUAAAUACAUAGAGUUAAACUGUGCAGACACAAUUCCCAAGUUAAAUGUAGUGCAAAGCCCUCAGACAGUAGUUAUUUCCAGUAAUAUCUAUCCUUAUUAAAUUAAUUUUUGUUGACCUCAUCACCAGCAUCACAUUGUUCAGCCUAAGAACAUGUUCUCCAUAGGUCUGGCUACUUGCAGAAUUUGCUUAUUUCGAUAUCCUGCAAAAAAUGGUUUUGACAUCACAUUUUUGUCAGGCCACCAGCUGAGUAUCAUGAGCUGACUUUAAAAGAAGACACACACAAUUUGAAAUAUGAUUAUCUCAUCUUAGCAAUGUGGUUUCCCACAGGCAGCCUGGGAACCCAUUAGUCCAGCGUGUGUCUGCAGAGAAGCAACGUCUUAUUGAAAACACAGGGCAGUGAUUAAUGAAUCCAUUCAAGUUGCCUCACUUGGGUCAAGACAACAAAGAAAAGUGCUACCAAAUGUUUCACCCCUGACUCUCUUGCAACCAUUGAAGGUGUGGAGAAAGGGCCUGGCUGUUGUUGAGAGGGUAGAUAAUCCAUCAGUCAUGGAGGAAGACCCUUAAGGAUGGCUAAACAUGCAAGUACUGAAAUAACAGAAGAUGAAGAAUGCAGGAUGAAAUGCCAAAGAUCAUUUUAUUUCUUUAUCUAUUCUUAGAAAUGGAGCGCCCAACUAUCCAUUUGAAGGAAAUCAGAUAUAAAAUAAACGGAUCCUUAGUUGUGCCAUGUGUCCCCAAGCCAGUUGUGUAUUUUGAUAUCUUUCAUUUGCCCAGCCAUCAGCAUGACAUGGGCAUUUAUUAGUACAACCUGUUGGUGCUCAAUGUCAAAUAAUACUUUAGUUGAUAAUGGGCAGUAAAAUAUAAUUUUACAUUUUAAGUAUUUGGGAGGGUUAAUUUAUUAAGUUGAAUAAUUCAAAGGAAAGAGGUGAUUCGACUGGCCGUAAUCACCCCUAGUAGAUAUCAUUACUGAUCUUAAUCCUUUAUUACAUCUUUCUCAACAGAGCUAAUGUUUUAAUUUUUUUUCUACUGGUAGAGAAUAACAGAAGUAAUUUUUAUAUUUCACCCUUGAAAAAACUAAAUAGAAACAAAACUGAAUUAAAACUAUUUCCUAAACAAUGGUAUCAUAGGAUAAAUAAAACCAAUUCAAGUAGACACUUCAAAUCACAAAAUAAUACCACUAAAAUAAUUCUACUAACACAGUUUCUGAAACACUUUUUAAUGUACCAAGACACAGGUAAGAGAAAUGAGGAAUUGAAGUGAAUUGGAAAACCUGCUUAUUGCUUGAGUUCAUAAAAUAGUUGUGGGAUCCAAGUAUUUAAAAUGCUACUGGAGUCAGUUAUUGUCAACACUUUGCAACAGUAAUAACACUUCCAGCUUUUCAAUUGGCAAUACUUAGAAUCCUACUGUAGUGACCUGAUCUUAAAUACCAUAUAUUUACUACAUUAUGAGCUAGUUUUUACUCUAUUCCAUAAAUCAUUAAGUGAAUGUAAGAUGAUGGUUUGAAUUUCUUUAUGUGUAUGCAAUAUACAUAUGAGAACCAAAUUCAAUAAGUGACAUGAAAGUUACUACACGAGCAUUGGAUUGUAUUGCCCUCUGUCAGUCAUUUCCUCGGUUCAAUAAAUACUGAAGGACACAAAUGCUGUUUUAUUUUUCAAGAGUUUGCUCUCUCUUCUGGAUUUUGGUGAUUACUUUUGGUGAUUUUCUUCAUAGGCCUCUUUAACUGUUUGAGUGUGAUUUUUGAACACUAACAAGAAUAUUUUACAAACUCUUCUUUUGGAAGCAAAUGUAUUUAAGGUCAAGCCAAAAGGGUCAAUUUUAGCUUUAGGGAACUUAAAUUAAAAUAGAUAAAGAGAGUGUUUUCCUUUGUCCUUAAAUGGAAAAGAAAGCACAAGUGUUUCUCCUACUUGUGACCCAUGUGCUAUUUCUGCAGCAUUUUUGUUCAUGUUGGCUUAGAAUUCAGUGCAUGAAUAUCAUUACAUUAUAAGAGUAACAUUUCUAGUU